UGUCGCUUUAUUUAUUAUAUUUAAACAUUUUUACUAACAUUUUAUUUUUACAGGAAAAACAAUGCAAUCGAAGAGGAAGGAGAUGAAGAUGGAGUUGGUAUCGUGUGAGAGGAGGUUACAGAAACUUAUUAAUAAGUGUACUUUUAAACAUUGUACAAAUUACAAUGAGAACCUUAAUGCUGUCGCCCUAGAGAAUAAGAUCAUUAGAUUUGACAAACCUAUUUAUAUUGGUUUUGCGGUGCUAGACAUAUCUAAAACUUUAAUGUACGAUUACCAUUAUAAUGUAAUGAAGAGACACUAUAGAGACAAAAUUGAGUUAAUGUACACUGACACAGAUUCACUAGUAUAUCAUGUUCAGACGGAAGAUUUUUAUAUGGACUUGGCUGCUAACCCUAGCUUGUUGGACCGGAUGGACACUGCUAACCUGCCCAGUGACCAUCCGUGUUAUGUGGCAGAUAGGAAGAAGAGUCCGGGAUUCUUUUCUGAUGAGGUGGAUGGUAAUGUGGUGACAGAGUUUUGUGCUCUUAGGGCAAAAUCGUAUGCAUUCGACGUUUAUACAAGGGAGAACAAUGCUGGAGGAGGAGAGAAGAUCAAGGCAAAGGGGAUAAGGCAGCACGUAGUUAAGAACCACAUGACGUUGGAAGACCAUAGGAGGUGUUUGUUUGGUGAAGAUGGAGUGGAAGCAUAUAGGGAGAAUGUUUCAAUACGGUCAUUCAACCACCAACUUAUGACCAUAAAGACCAAUAAGUUAACAUAUAACAGCUAUGACGACAAGAGGGUGGUACUGCGAGACAAAAUAAACACACUAGCCCACGGACAUUACAGUAUAGAGAGAGAUGAACCAGAGGAUGAGUAGACAGAACUUCAACAUUACUUUUAUAUAUUGUAUAUUUUUUUCUGUUAAUUAGUUUUAUUGUAAAUAUUAUACGUUAUAUAGUUUGUUAUAUUUGAGAUAGAUUAAUGUAUAUAACCUUUGUAUAUAUUUUUUUUAAA